CUGAAUGCAGCAAGCAUCUACUCAAUCGCCAGCAUUCGUGUUUUCGUCUCGGUCGUCGCUGUUUGCUUCUUGUAGCUGACAACAGCGUUGUGUCAGCAUACUUAUCCUUUCCUUCUUAUGUGUUGUUUUUUAUGAUUUAAGCACAUUUAUGCAGUUGCGCCGUCCGAAGAACGAAAACGAAGAUGACGUCUAAAAUCAAAGUUGGGAAGGCCGGCUCCAAGAACAAGGAGGAUGCUCCUUAUGAGUUGGAGAGCCAGUUUAUCCUGAGGCUGCCUUCGGAGUACGCCUCAACAGUACGAAGGAUUGCCCAGUCUAGCAGUAUGAACAUGAAGGACAGACUCACCAUCGAGCUGCACCCUGAUGGUCGCCACGGCAUAGUGAGGGUAGACCGCGUCCCUUUGGCCUGCAAACUGGUGGAUCUGCCGUGUAUGAUCGAGUCUCUGAAAACGGUGGACAAGAAGACAUUUUAUAAAACCGCUGAUGUCUGCCAGAUGCUGGUAUGUACACUAGAUGGAGACCUUUAUCCUCCUUUAGAGGAGCCAACUGGCACCGACCCUAAGAGCAAGAAGAAGGACAAAGACAAGGACAAGAAAUUCAUCUGGAACCACGGCAUCACCUGCCCUCUGAAGAACACUCGCAAGAGAAGAUUUCGAAAGACUGCAAAAAAGAAGUACAUUGAAUCUCCUGACGUGGAAAAGGAGGUGAAGAGAUUGCUGAGCACCGACGCCGAGGCUGUCAGCGUCCGGUGGGAAAUCAUAAACGAGGAUGAGUCCAAGGAAGCGGAUCAGCACGGCUCUCUGGCUAACCUGGACUCCUCGCCUGGCACCUCGGGGCACAAGAUGGGUCAUGGGUCCUCUGCCCAGCGCGACGAGCUGAGGGAGAUCUUCAAUGACAUUAGCAGCUCCAGUGAGGACGAGGAAGACGAAGGCGACCGGCACGAGGACGAGGACCUGAAUAUCAUGGACACAGAGGAUGAUCUGGUCCGACAGCUCCAAGACAAACUCAACGAGUCCGACUCUGCUCAGCAUGAAAGUGAUAGAAACAACCAGAUAGUUAUGGAAUAUCAGGUGCAGAUCAACAACGUCAAGGCCAAGCUCCAGGAAACUCGCGCCAGAAAGAAACAGCAGGAGGAGCUCAUCAUGAAAGUGGAAAACCAGGCCCUCAAAAACCGCUUCCAAGCUUUGUUGGACGAGAUUAUUCAGCAGGAGGAGCGAGAGAUGGAGCAGCUGGCCUCCCUGCAGGAGCAGCUGGACUCUCUGAUAGAGAAGUGACCACCAGGGGGCAGCCUCAUGUCAUCUUCAGCCACAUAAACACAGGAGCCGAGGAGGAGGAAGAGGAGGAGGAGGAGGAGAAGAGCCUUCAUCCAGGGAGGGGGGAGUCUUUAUUAGCUGACUUGCUGUGUCAUUCCUUUCGGUUUAUCAUAUUCAUAUAUUACACAUGCAGCAUACUGAUGUCGGUAUUAAAUGGCAAUGUUUUUUACUCGGUUGACAAUUUUUUUUUUCCUUCACUGUGUGAUUAAAGUAUUUGGUUGGCUUCAGCAGUGAAAAAAGCUAAGUUUGCUAAAUGUACACAGCCAAGGUCACCAUCUUUGUAUUUAAUUACCUGAGUGAAGAAUAAAAUACAGUGAAACAAAAA